AUGUCAGGUCUGACGUGUCGCUCAACUUGGAUCUCUCCCAUCGACGGCACGAAUGACGUUCAACUUUCACCUGAUACAAACAGUGAUGUGACUUCUUUCACGUUGCUUCCAUUGCAACUAAUUCGUCCCGCAUCGGAUGCCACGAUUCCGUGCCAACUGUUGCUACAUUGGUCACCAAAACCCCUGCGCUGUCUUCAGUUACAGCUAAAGGCACAAUGCUCAGCCCGCCAUGUAGAACUUUAUGCUGAGGGUAUGCGACAGACUAUGCUCGGUGAAGAGAAACAGAGCGAGGUGUAUCUCGGCACCUUUCGAGGUACUAGGUUGACGCCUGAAGCACAGCAUUUUACUAUAAAUUUGCUUUUCAAGCAGAACCAUCGAGAUUGUGAAGUUUUAAAAAGCUUGCAAACGCUUAAAAUCAAAUUUGUAUCACUGUCAGGUGAUAAAAACAUGCUAAAUUUACAGCUUCUACAAUGCGAGUUUCUCCUCAUGGAUCCUAUUUUAACUGAUACGAGUUCAUUGGGCUUGGCAGCUUCGAUGGCUAAAGUUAAUCUGAAAGAGAAUUCUAAUGUGCAAGAAGUUUUAAACGAAUUUCGACAAACGCUGGAGCGAGAGAUGGAGGCGAAAAUUGCGCUAGCAAUUGAUUUAAAACUGUCAACACUUUCUCAACGUCUGGCAUUGUCAGAGCAGGCACUGGUCCAUCUACACAAAAAGAUGGACGCGAAGGAUGCAAAUCUUGAGGCAAAAUUUACUCAGAUCCAACAAAGCUUUCGAGAAUUAGAGGGUCGAGCCCGAUGGUGCAAUAUCUGGAGCAGAGAAAACAUGACCCCCUUUGAUGAUGAUUGCACACGAAACGUCUGGUCAGGCGGUGAAAUCGCUCGCGGCAUCACAUCGAGUAAAAAGUCUAAUAGCUGGGCUGCUUCAUCAACAAUUGUACCGCACACAGGCCCGGAUCGUAGUUCAAGAAAAUAUUGGUCUGCCAUUUUCAACGCAAGAAAACGCUAUUGUAGAGAUGAAAAGAAUGAACACAAAAGCACCCACCAAGUCGGUUGA